ACAGAGAGAAAAGGGGCGAAAAUUUAUAUGUUUUACCGGGAUCGCACGUGCUAGUCACCCCCUGUUUUGUGCCCACGACGUCCUCUCCGACCAAUUUGAGUUUUCCGUCCUUUUCCGAUGGCGCCGACGCGGCGCCACCGCUGUUGGAUGCCUGCCAUGGUCGGCAGUAUUUCCACGGCCAACCUUUUCCUCCUAACGCUUCUUCUUCCCAUUGCCCCUCUGUGCGCCGCCCGCGGAGCCCCGCUGCCCCUCUCUCUGGACAACCAAUCGAGGGCCGUCAAACAACCCCCCAUGAUCACCAUCAUCAUGAUCUCGGUCUACGCUCUCUUACUUCUCGGCAUCAUCACCGUCUUCAUCCGCCAGUGCGUCGUCAUGGCCGAACGACGCGCCGCCGCCGCCGAGUCGGCGGCGGGAUCCCUCUCCGGGUGGCGGUCGCCGGGGCUGAGCGCGGAAAUGAUCGGGGCGUUCCCGACGAUGACGUAUGCGGAGGCCAAGGGGCUAAGAGAGGGCUCCGGCGAGCUGGAGUGCGCUGUGUGCAUCAGCCAGUUCGAGGCGGAAGAAGUGCUCCGCCUCCUCCCUGGUUGCUGCCACGUUUUUCAUCCGGAAUGCAUCGACGCCUGGCUUACUGCACACGUCACCUGCCCUGUCUGCCGAGCCGAUCUCGUCGCCGCCGCCCAAACCCUAGUCGCCGAGGACCAUGAUCCGCCCCCAUCCAUCGACGCAUCAACCAUUAUUUCGGCCUCUAGUCUGCCCGCAGACCACGAGAUCGUCAUAGAAGCCGCCUCUACGGCGUCAGAUCGGGCGGCGGCGCCGGUCGAUUUGGCCAGCAUCGGAAGCGAGGAGAGGGAUGAAUCGGCGAGGCCGACGACUCUGCCGCGAUCUCUCUCCUCGGGGAAAUCAAGGGCGCAGUCCGAGCCAGCGCCGAGCGUCGAUCGUUACACGCUGCAUCUGCCAGAGCACGUCCGACGGCAGGUCUUUGCCGCCGCAUCUUUCCCCCGCUCCGCCAGUUGCGCUGUCGGGUUUCCGGCCGCCCGAGCCUCAACCUCUAGGCUAGGUGGGAUUAGCCGCUGGAUGUGGAGCAAGCGGCAAGGGUGGUCGGAGCGGUGGUCGCCAUCGUUCCUGCGUCAGCUGUCGUUCCCGCCGUGGAAGAGAAGCGACAGCGGCGAAUCGUCGGGGAAGAAGAGAGAGGCUGAGGGAUCCACGAGGAGGAGGAGAUUCCCGUCAGUGAAGGGCUCCUUCGAUUGGCUCGUCAAUGGCUUCGCCGGAAGGGAAAGCGCCGCCUCGGCGGACGACCGCGCGCGGCACUAACGAUCACCGCCCGGCAACGACUUAAAAAUCACACCGUCAUCGAUUGCGUAUGAUGACGCGGCUGACCCUGAACCGUCGAUGAAGUGAAAUCCACGACAACUGACUCGUUGAUAAAAAUAGUAUAUUUAUUGCUCAGCUGAUAUUAUUGGUCGUUGAACUGUUGAAAUUGUGAGGAUAAAUAUAUAGCUCAAAUUUUUGUGCUACAACAUUGCUUG